GACACGUAUUUAAUUCCAAAUACUUUGCGACUAGUAGGGAACCCAUCGACACGUAGCUAUCCUACUUUGAUAAUCGUUUUUUUUAAAUUUCAAAGCCAAAAAUGUUGUUCUCGUACUUUUUGGCGUCCGCGUUGACCAUAUCCGCUGCCCUCGGACGUUCGUCCGGCCCAGAACCGAGAUAUGUAAUGUACGAAACAGAAGACAGUUCCAUAGGGAAAUCAGAGGAAACGGCGCAGAUCAUGGACGUCAACGAUAGAUCGUCCAACCUGAAAUAUGUAAUGGCCAUCCAGAGCUCGAGUAUUUGGGAGGAGAUCAAGAAACGGUCGUUGACUUUACACAGACCACAGAAGUUGGACGGCACCGUCGACGAAAAUUCGCCGGACGACCUGACCGACCAAGAACUGGCGCAGCUCAAGCAAGCUUGUCACGAUGGACUCAAGUGCGUGGCCGUCGACCAGCUUAUUGUGCUCGAACAGGUCAAAGAACCGCUUGUCGGUGGCAAAGUGUCUGUGCGCACGGCCAUCACCAAGAUCACCCAGGUGCUCACCCAGUACACGACCGAAUACCACGAGGACGUUUACCAGUACGAGGCGGUCAGUGAGUCCGACGAUGAAUCCAAAGUGUACAACUCGGUGACUACCAUAGUGGAAGACAACAAAGAACUUUGUCGAAUCGACUUCACACCCCCAACAGAAGAAAACAACCCGAAAGACGUUGACGGUAAAUCCGUCCCCGUAGCCGCCGACAACCCCAGAACCAUAAACUACAAUACCAUUAAUAACUACAACAUCAACAACGGUACGCUCAACAGUGUCACCAUCAACACCAAACCAGAUUUAGAUGUCGCCAUUGGCGUACAGACCCAGAUCGAAUCCGAAAAUGGUUCUUCGGACCACCACGACGACAAUGCCGACCACCAAUCCAUGCCACCCGCUACAGUCAACAGUACACCUGCCAUCGGUAAUGAAUCGGAUAUCAAAGCUCCCAAAAACGACGUUCAAGACAAACCGACCAGCGUUGAUCACCCUGAGUACGCGAGGUCUACAAGCGAGUCUAAACCCAUGGGCCAACCACUCAUGAUCACCGACGGACCAUCACCGCUUGGAGGUUCUGCCGCCACUGCCACCGCCGACACCGGUACUGACAACAGCGGCCGAGGACAAAAAUCUCAACGGUCACGUCCCAACGCUACCGCCCGGACCAACAGUGCCAACACCGACGAGCCUGCCGCCAACAACGAAAUAAUCUUAAAGCGAGGAAACGGAGCCCAUGCCUCCGACCACGCCGAGAAGACAACUAAUGAUAGUGCUAAUAACAAUACCAUAAAAAUGGAUAACAGUUCUGCAGGCGGCAAUGCUGGUGGGGAAAACGACUCUGACAGUGAUAUCGUUAGCGCAGGUUCUCACAACGCAAAUAUCUCGAGAAAAGGCAUGGUCGAAGACGGCAUUUUAAACAAUGGUAACAUGAAAGCCAAAACCUUUGACACGAGUAACCGCAACAAAGGUACAAUCAAAGGCGGUAACGCUGAUAGAGGUAUCGUCAGCAUCGGAACCACCAACAACGGCCCUACUAAUUACGGUAAAGUCAACAGCAACACCAACAACGGAAACACCCCGGACAUGAACAAUACCGACAUCCUUCGAUAUGUGGAUAACAUCGAUAAAAUGUAUUCCACAAUAUUAAACGAGUUUGCCAAAAAUUAAUUAAUUAUUUCCUUCAAGUUUACGUAGUUACAUUAUUAUUUUAUCAACUAUUUUAUUGUAAUCAUCAAUUCUAACUGUAUUAUACUUUGUUAUUAUGCAUAAGAUUGUUUAUUUUAUUUUAUUUAUAUUGGUUGUGGAUAUCUUGUGGGAUUUUGUUUGAGUUAAUAAACGAUUUAUCUUAGUAUUUAA